UGGCUAGUGAAUGCAAUUUAUAUUUUGUUCGAAUGCUAUUUUUUCUUAUUACGACAUUUGUACAGACAGUUCUUGGUGAUGAUAGUAGUGAGGAUGAUGGUGAUGGGAGAGUCAGUGUUGGUGCCAUUGUUGCUGCCGGUGUGGUUGGAGUUUUCAUCGUUCUCGUAGUGGUGUUACUUUGCUUCCAUGAAUGUUGUACAAAGCCAAAGAGAACUGUAAAACCACAAAGAAUUUCGGUCGUAGGUUUAAGUCGUCACACAGGACCUCCAAGUCGUGUCAUUCCAACAGCUCCACCAAUGCAUUCAUCGGGAAUGUGUCCAGUCGAUCCUCCACCAUAUAGACCGUAUGACGACCCAUAUGAAACCCAACAGAACCAGUCAUCAAAUCUGUUCAGCAGACAGUUGGUUUCACAUACAACAAGGCCUUCUAGAUUUGAAAGACAUCCUCCUCCUGUAAUGCCUUGUACACCUUUGCCUAAUAUUGAAAGACACCAGAGGACAUCCGAUCCACCACCGUACUCAGGCUGAAAUUUAUCAUCAUUCCAUUGAUAAACUAAUGUUUAAUAUGAUCUUUGCUAAAUGUCUUUUAAUGAAAACUAAUUUUAUUACACUACGGAUACAAAUCUCCUAUAUGGCAUAUAUAUUAGAUUUGAAUAGAAAUAGAACGAAAAAAUUGACUUUUUAUUUUACAAAAAGUAACUUCUAUUAAUUCACUUAACCAGAAAAAUCGCAGUUUCCUUUUAUUUAAAUUUUACUUUCCUUCGUCAUCCUUGUCAUUUUAAAGAGUAAGUAUCAUACCUAUUACAAACGAAGUUGAUUUCCGAUUGCCAACUUUAUCGUAAAGUGUUUUAUAAGUUAUAUAUAUAAAUAUGACUUAAAUCAAUAUAUUAAUUAAAUGUUUGUGUUUUGUAAUGUUUAAGAGGUUUUAUAUAUAUUAGCCAUGUUAAAAUUUGUGUAUGAUAUAUUAUCUAAAAAUUUGCUUUGUUA